AUGGGUGAUCAGGGUGAUGAGCCGUUGCAGGACCUGGAGAAGACGUAUUGCCCGCCUCUGGAUCCAGCCUUGCUUACGGCUAUUGCUUUUGACUAUGAUCUGAGGGUCCCUACUCAGCUUCAACAACUUCGCGACACCUUAGAUGCUCUCCGCUUAUCAGCAUGGGAACAGGAGGAUCUACCGUUCGAUCCCUCCGGCACGUCCGGAUUAAGCCCAGAAAAUGGCCCAGAAGCAGAUGGGAUUUUCUCGGAGCGCAGCGGAUCACAGGGUGACCCGUCGCGCGCAGCUGAUCUCUCGAGCCUCACGUCUGGUUUCUCUUCAUUCGGUCUGAGUGAGCGGAGCUCAAACAGUAGAAGCAAAAGUGGCUCGACGACAUCAGACCAUAUUUCCUAUAUUAUUGGGGCGGACGGCUCUAUCUGUUUGUCUGGGGCUAGCGACGAUGACAAGAUCGGCUAUCUGACGGAGAUGUUUCCUUCGGCGGACCUCUUUACGAUCAAACACACAUUGAAGAAGUCCAAUGGGGACGUUGACCGCUCAAUGGACGUCCUGCUGAACCUCGCGUUCUUUGACGAGCAGGCGCCUGAUGAGGAUGGGCGGACGGUUGCUGUUCCCAAAGGCGUGGACGGCUUCGAAGACGGUCCUGGAGAGGCCGGUAGGAAGCAAGGACGCAAGCGCAAAGCCAAGAACAGAACGGGCCGCAAACAAGAGUUUUCGUCGCCCCUAGGAUCCGAGCCUGAGUUGGAUGGCACAUCCACUCUUAACAAAUGGGAUGCUGCCGGGAAGGAUGUGGAAUUCAUCCAUGCGCGAACCUCACCGAUCCUCAAGAAGGAAACGGUGCGCUCGACUUAUCAUGCCAAUGGAGCCUCCCUUCCCGCUACAAUACGGGCCCUUGCGAGUGCGCAUGCCCCGAAAGAUGAACGGGUCAUCAAUGAGGAUCCAGUUUUGCUUGCGCAGGUGGCCGAACUUACGCAAGAAUUCUCUUCGGUCCCAGCACUCACGUUUGCGGGCUUGCUCAAUAUCACGAGAAGUUCUGUAUCGGCUGCUAGCGAGCUCGCAGCGGCCAUGUUAACGGGCCCAGUGCCCCCCUCCAUGUCUGAGAUGAUCAAGAUCACGGCGCCACCCCCACCGGUGGAUGUUGAAGAGGAGGUGCUUUCUACGCGAUCCGCUAAUAUACCGGUUACCCGAGAUCUCUAUCGAGCGAGAAGCGCGGCGGGCUUGCACUUUGCGGCAGGCGCCGAAGCAUUAACCAAGGCAUCAAUCGCAUAUAGGCGCGGCAAGUCGGAUCGACUGAUGGGUGGUGCGGCUGCGUACUACUCUGCAGUGGGGCGGGAUCAUAUGGAACGCGCCAAGCGCAAUGCCGCAGCUGCCGCCGACGCCCUGGUUGAUUCCCAGUCUACAUGGAAUAUGCUCGACCUUCAUGGAGUGUCGGUACAGGACGCGGUCCGGAUCGCCAGCGCACGCGUGUCGGAGUGGUGGGAGUCUCUGGGCGAUGCGAAAUACAUGCGAGGAGGUGGUGACCCAGCCCAGGGUGGCUAUCGCAUUGUCACCGGUCUUGGAAGGCAUAGCCAUGACGGCACCUCACGCCUGGGUCCAGCUGUUGGGAAGAUGCUGGCUAGAGAAGGCUGGAGGGUGGAAAUUGGAGCUGGAGUUUUGACCGUUGUGGGUGUUGUGCGGCAUCGCUAA